AAAUAUAAUUUGCACAAAUGCUGACAUCGGAAGAGAAGUGAAGUGGCCCCACUCCUAUACAUUGUUCGCCAACUCUGUGUUGAUGGGCUGUUGUUGCUGAGUUCUUCUUCGCUCCAUUCUCCAACUCGCUGGAUCUCGCUUCGUCAACUCAUUCAUUCACUCUCCGAGUUUCUGCACCGAGUCACAUCUUCCUUUACUCUCAAUUUCUUCUUCAAAUUUAGGGUUUCUCCGCCCUAAAUUCCCACUCCCAAUUUCUACUUCUCUUUGACGAUCGAUCAUCAGCUGAAUUUUGUGAUAGUUGGUGGAAUUUGAUUCAUGUCGUGACUUUUUUCAGGGUUUGAAUUUAAGGAAUUUGGGGUAUUCUAAAAGCAUGAAUUACCUCCUUGGAGCUUUCAAGCCUGCUUGUCAUAUUUCGAUUGCAUUUGCUGACGAAAAGAAUCGAAAGAAGGUUCCCAUCAAGAAAGAAAAUGGUCAAACUGUUAUGGUUCCGCUCUUUCAAAGUCAAGAGAAUAUCGUUGGCAAGAUCUCCGUAGAGCCAGUUCAAGGGAAAAAAAUUGAGCACAAUGGCAUAAAAGUUGAGCUUCUCGGCCAAAUAGAGAUGUAUUUCGACAGGGGAAACUUUUACGACUUUACCUCUCUAGUUCGUGAAUUGGAUGUCCCUGGUGAAAUAUACGAAAGAAAAAAUUAUCCCUUUGAAUUUUCCACCGUGGAAAUGCCCUAUGAAACAUAUAAUGGAGUGAAUGUAAGACUUAGGUAUGUUCUCAAAGUAACAAUCAGCCGUGGUUAUGCUGGAAGUAUAGUAGAAUACCAUGACUUUGUGGUUCGCAACUAUUCUCCACUACCGUCAAUUAACAAUAGCAUCAAGAUGGAAGUUGGAAUUGAGGAUUGCCUGCAUAUUGAGUUUGAAUACAAUAAAAGCAAGUAUCAUUUGACAGAUGUCAUCAUAGGAAAGAUAUAUUUUCUUCUUGUAAGAAUCAAGAUAAAAAACAUGGAUCUUGAGAUCAGGCGUCGGGAGUCCACUGGUUCAGGUGCAAACACUCAUGUUGAAACUGAGACUCUUGCAAAAUUUGAGUUGAUGGAUGGGGCUCCAGUCAGAGGUGAAUCAAUUCCCAUUAGACUGUUCCUUAGUCCGUAUGAGCUGACGCCUACACAUCGCAACAUCAAUAACAAAUUCAGUGUCAAAUAUUACCUCAACCUUGUUCUUGUUGAUGAAGAGGAUCGUCGGUAUUUCAAGCAACAGGAAAUUACAUUAUACCGCCUUGCUGAGAACUCUAGUUAGCUGUUCCUUUGGUUUAAUCUAUUUCCAUGAUAAGCUAUAGGUUAUUCACUUAUUCUGGAUGGGAAAGGAAAUAGCUAUUCCAAAAUCUGGCAGAUUGGAGUUUUUUUUUUUUUUUUUUUUUUUUUUUUCCUGGAAAGGGUUUGGUCUAAAGCUGUAUCUUUGACUCUUCUUGGUAUAUUUUUCCUUUUUUUUUUACCCCGAUUUUCCGUUCCAUGAUUCUGUUUAUCUGGCUUGUACAUCAGGUGUGGUUGAUGAUUUAAUAGCAUAUGUUGUUUUGAAAUUGUAUUCCUUUUUUUCUUUAUCGAUUUUGCAUUUCUGAAAAUGUAUGUUGAUGACUUGAUGCCACUCAUAUUUGGCUUUCUACCUCCUAAUUCUAUAAUUCUUGCUACAUUGCUGUGAUUCAA